CACGAAACCCAACAACUAGCUUCACCAUUAGGCCGUGAGAAACUUGUUGGUUGUUGGCUUGUUGCCCAUAACGGGUUAACCGUUAACGGCUAUUUCGCAACGAGAACCGGGCAACGGCAGGUACCUUCCUCCUCGAAGAAAGGAAUCCUCAGCUUCCCCCGUUCAAUUCUUUCCUCUCAUUUCCUUUCAAUCUACAGAGCCCCGAUACGGAGAAUCGGAAAGAGUGUAGAGAGAGAGAUGAGGUCAUUACCGUACGCCGAUGCCGACAGCCAUAUGAGAGCCUUGGCCGGCCGGGCGGAAGGUUUCGGCCGGAUGGCAAUCGGCGGUCUCCACGGAGCACUCUAUUCGGUCACCUCAUUGGCAGAUGAUGGCCCUGGAUCACUCCGAGAGGGAUGCCGAAGGAAGGAGCCACUGUGGAUUGUGUUCGAUGUCUCCGGGACGAUUGACCUAAAGACAUUUUUGAGCGUGUCGUCUUACAAGACGAUCGAUGGGCGUGGCCAGAGGAUUAAGUUCACUGGGAAGGGUUUGAGGCUGAAGGAAUGUGAGCAUAUAAUCAUCUGUAACCUUGAAUUUGAAGGUGGGAGAGGGCAUGAUGUCGAUGGGAUUCAAAUCAAGCCGAAUUCGAGGCACAUAUGGAUCGACAGAUGCAGUCUUCGUGAUUAUGACGAUGGCCUCAUUGAUAUCACUCGUCAAAGCACUGAUAUAACUGUCUCUAGGUGUUACUUUGCUCAACAUGACAAGACCAUGCUUAUCGGAGCAGAUCCCACUCAUGUGGGCGAUAGAUGCAUUCGUGUGACUAUUCACCAUUGCUUCUUUGAUGGAACCCGGCAGAGACAGCCUCGUCUUAGAUUUGGGAAAGUUCAUCUCUAUAACAAUUACACUAGGAAUUGGGCAAUCUAUGCUGUCUGUGCUAGUGUGGAAGCUCAGAUAUAUUCGGAGUGCAAUGUAUAUGAAGCUGGAGAGAAGAAAAAGGUCUUUGAAUAUUACACAGAGAAGGCUGCUGAUGCAGAAGAGGCCAAGUCUGGCUUUAUAAAAUCUGCAGGAGAUGUGUUCCUGAAUGGAGCUCUGCCAUCUCUUCAACCUGUUAUCGCUGAAGAUUGUGUGUUCCAUCCAAGUGAGCAUUAUGCAAACUGGACAGUGGAGGCUCCCUCGGAUUCUUUAAAGGGAGUUCUUCAAGUCUGUGCAGGUUGGCAAGCUCUUCCUCGACCAAACGAGAACAUCCCGAACUAGAAAUAACUAGUUUAAUAUUUCCUCGCUCUCUUCUACAUUGUACCUUAUGUUUGUAUUUUGUUGCAUCUGUUUACGUCUAUUGUCAUAGGCUCUCACACAUUACUGUGUGCAAAUGGAGGGUGAAAAUGGAAGGUGUAAAUUUUUUGUAUCCAGCUAACUGAUCUAGGUUUUCAAUUGAACUUUGUGAAUGGUGAUGCAGAAUAAUUCCAGAACACAUUU